CAGCCGCUCGGCAGUUUGGGGCUUGUUUCUUCUCAAGAUGCUCGGUUUCGUGAUCUUCUGCAACGUUUGGCUUCUACAGACUUUUCCGACCUGCUGCGAUGAGAACGUCACAGCACCGAUCCGGGUUUCAGUCCCGGAGGAUCACCACGUCUGUCUGCGGUGCGGCGGCUCCGACGGGUCUCACGUGGUCUGGACCCACCGGGACAGGCUCAUCGCGGUGACCGAACGGGACAGCUACGUGGAAAACGGUGACCGGCAGCGCCUCCUCCUGCGGCCCGACGGAGGCCUGUGUCUCCGGCAGCUGGACGCCGCCGAUAACGGCGAGUAUCGCUGUAACCGGCUGCUGGUGGCCGAGCUGCAGGUGCUGACAGGUCGCGACUUCGCGGUGUCUGCGGGCCGGACGCUGCUGCUUCCCUGCAGCCACUCCUCCAAGCCCAGGCAGCGGUGGUUUCACCGGAGGCAAGGAGGGAGGCGGGAGGCCGUCUUGACCCGGUUCAGAAACGGUACGGUGAAACCGGAGCGGGACGGGAGCCGGCUCGGCUUCGCGGACGACGCCCUGCAGAUCCGGGACCUGCGGCCGGAGGACGCCGGGGAGUAUCAGUGUAACGGAGAGCUGCAGGGCAGAGUCACCGUCCUCACAGCGCACCGGGAUCCAACCAGCGCCCCGGCCUCCACCAGCGGACCCGCGACCUCGGCUGCGGCGAGCACAGGUGGGGGUGAAACAACGGGGAAGGAGAAGAAGAGACGCGAGACAGCUCUGCUGACGGUUGCCGUCGCCGGUUUCGGGUUGACGGUCCUCCUCGUGAUCGCAGUCUGUGCGUUACUGACCGGCAUGAAGUGCAGGAGGAGGAGGAAACACAGAUAUGCAGCUGCCCAGAGACGCGGAUACGCGGAGCUGCAGCCGCGGAAGACGUCCGGCGGGCCAACUGGGUGCGAGGCGCCGGAGAGUCCGUCCCCGCCGGAGGAGACGAUCCACUACGCCUCUCUGGGCCGUCAGAGCUGGAGGGAGAGACCCGGCCGGACUCCACCGGACCGAGAUCGGCGCCACGUCAUCUACUCUUCUGUCAUCACCAGACCUGCCGUUUGACGUUCUGCGAAACGGGAACGCACCGCGGCCUCGUGCAGCCCCCUGACACGCGCCAUCACACCGGGACGGAACGCUACGGGCCGCGAUCAAGCCCCUUGACCCCGCAGGCAAAAGCACUUCACCGGAGGAAACUCUCGCUGCGUGUAACCCAGUGUGACGGAAUACUGACUUACACACAGUGGACGCCCCGACAUUUGAACCGCAGUCAGAACUACAUUUCCCAACUUUGAUCUGUUUGGUGUUUUUGACAAAUCGGAAGACAAUUAAAAACAACAGGCAAACAUACGUGACGCAGCACAAUCGUCCACUGCGUGAGACGGGAUUCAAACCGGUGAACAGGAAAACGGCGGUGAAUAAAAUCAAAUGGUGAAACAAGUGAAACGAAGAGUGAGAAAGAAAUGAGACCGACAGCUACGAAGUGUCCCCCUGUCCUUUCCGGUGAACGUUAUGUCCUCUAAAGCUGAACGCAUCGUCGCUCCUCUCGUCAGGCCUCGCUGUUUCAGGGCCUACGGCAGCGUCGGAGGCGCGUUUAGCGGCCCCGCUCCCUGCCGGGAGUUAAGGCGGGAAGACCCGAACCGAAACCCGAGGCCUCGUCGCCGCGAGGUCGUCGGGCAAACGGCGUGGAAUUCGGCUCGCUACCGCGGUCCCGCGCCGGGACCCCCUGUAGACCCGCGAAUAGUUUUUUGUAGGGAUGAGAGAAGAAGAUACGACGUGUUGCGAUUAGUGAGUCGUAACUGGAGCAGCAGCUAAGGAUCGGUUUCAUUCUUCAUCAAUCGUUUUGUCUGAAGUGGCAGAAAAUAGUGAAAAACGUCCAUUUCCGUCUCACACAUUCUUCAUAUGUCUUGUUGUGUCUGAGAUAUUCAGUUUAUUGUCAUGUAUGACAGAGAAAAGGAGGAAAUUUGAGAUCUGCUCAUUUUUGCUUUAAAAAAAUGAGAGAAACGAAGAGUUGAUUACGGCAACAGUUUCCUUUUUAAUGUCUUUUGACUGAAUUGUCCAUCAUAAGGUUGAAGGGACGGGUGUUAAUAAAGUGAGGCCGAGUGAA